UGCAAAAAACCAUGUUUAAUGUUUUACCUUAUAUAACCUAUGAAAAACUGAAGUUUUAGGUUAUAAUUUGUAAAAGAGUUUUUCCACAAUGUUUUUAAGGAAAUAUCUUAUUUCUAAUGCUAUUUAUAGAAAGAGACUUUUACAAUUUGAUUGCUGUAGUCAAAUUUGUAAAAAUCAUGUGGCGUUAGCCAAAUCAUAUCAUAGUAUAAAGACUUCUGAAAACCCAACUUAUGUUGAAAAAAAAUUGUUGUCUUACUCAUAUUUGUCCAAUUUGAACAAUGCUUACAAAAGAUAUUAUUCCAAUAGUUUAAUUGAUGGUGAUGUAACAAAGUUAAAAGAUUCACAGCAUGAAAAAGAAUUGAAAAGGAUAUCCCAACUUUUUCCACAACCGAGAGUAACACUCAACGAAUUAAACUCAAAAACACCAGAAAAAGUUUUUGAUAUACACUACAGACAAAAUGUAGUUGCACCAAAAGGUGUUAGGAAGAAAAUGGGAUUGAGUAACAAUGAUUGGACAUGUACAUAUACUUUUAUUUGGCCGGAGAAGAUUAAAUUUGAAAGUGUGGCAAUAUCAAAACGACAAGCUGCAGAAAAGUCAGCGACACAAGCACUACAUUGGCUAUAUAUGAACAAACGGAUAGACAAUAAAGGCAAUCCUAUAUAUGAUAAGAAAGUGAUAGAAGAUAUCAAAUGUAACUUAAAUGAACCUUUACAUGUUGAAAUCAGCGACAAUUCUCUUCUAAGAAUAGAUAGGAUAUGGAAUGAUUAUGAAAAUGAAAUAAAGCAUAUUUAUGAGAAGACAUUUGAAGAGGCAAACCAUAGACUAUUUUUUACUCCGUCGAUGUUAACCAAAGAUUCAACUAUAGAUAUAGAAGAUAAUUUAACUGAAGAAUCUCAAGAUACUGAAGUUGAUGAAGAAUUAAAUAAUUUUACGGAUGAAAGAACUCUAAUACAUCCAGUAUUUGGUAGGCCUGUCCACCCCCCUUCAGAAGCUCAGUUAGCCAGACGUGAUAGAACUUUGAAGCAGAAGUUUGAACGAUAUGAUGAAGAGUUGACUCCUCUACCCAUAGAUCAAUAUACGAAGGAGAUAACUUCAACACUGGAGACAUCUCGCGUACUAGUCAUAGUAGGAGCUGCAGGUUGUGGGAAGUCGACGAGGGCUCCUGCUGCCGUAUUGAAGGCGUUAGGUUGUAACACAACUGCUAUAGUGUCGGAGCCCAGACGAGUGGCUGCUAUUGGACUGGCACAGAGAGUUGCUGACGAGAUGGGGGAGGAGGUAGGGGACUCUAUAGGCUAUCAAGUGCGCUUGCACUCGAAAGUACCAAGGCCCUCUAGUGGCAUUGUACUGUACUGCACAUCUGGAGUGUUACUGCGAAGAUUGCAACUUAACCCUGGUCUGGAAGGCUGCUCGCACGUGUUCAUAGACGAGGCCCAUGAGCGUGACGUCAACACUGACGUCACUCUGCUCCUCUUGAAGCGCGCUCUGGACAUAAAUCCUAACCUCAAAGUGGUAAUCAUGAGCGCCACUUUGGAUACAGAAGUCUUUACCAAAUAUUUCGAUCCUUGUCCAAUAGUAGAAGUUCCAGGACGUACUUUCCCAGUACAAGUGACGUAUUUGAAUGACAUUGAAGAGAAAUAUCGUAUAAAAUUACCAAUGACUCUUGAAAAUUGUUGUAAGGAAGAUGGAAAACCUCAAGUAUAUUGUCAAGAGGUAGUUGAAGUCAUCAAAUCAGUUGAUAAGUCAGAAUCGGAAGGUGCAAUACUAGUUUUCCUCCCAGGCUGGGCUGAGAUCAAACAAGUAAAGAAGAUUCUAGACGAAAUAUAUGCGGGCUCCACGACACAUAUGGUGUUACCAGUACAUUCCAGGUUAUCAACAACAGAACAGACUAGAAUGUUCGAGAAACCAGCACCCGGUAUUAGAAAGAUAGUACUUGCUACAAACAUAGCGGAGACUUCUAUCACAAUACCUGAUGUGGUCUACGUUAUUGAUACUGGAGCUCACAAGGAGAAUAGAAUUAAAGAGGGGACUGGAACUGCAAGUUUAGAGACUGUAUGGGUUUCAAAAGCGGGCGCUAAACAGAGGACAGGACGAGCUGGAAGGGUACAGCCAGGACAUUGCUUUAGGUUGUAUACUAAAGAGAGAGAGGAAAGUUUCGCACCGCACACUACGCCUGAGAUAUUAAGAAUACCUCUAGAGCAAACAGUAUUGAACUGUAAAAUAUAUGCACCACAAGAUAAAGUGGCAGAUUUUCUAUCUCUACUGCCGGAACCGCCCAGCGAUAAGUCCAUACGAUUGGCCAUCAACGAUCUAAUUGAUUUAGGUGCAUUAUCACAAUCAGAGAAACUAACUCGUUUAGGUAUACUGUUAUCAAAUAUGACUAUACAUCCUCGUUUGGGCUGCAGUUUGUUACAUUCAGUUGUGUUAGGUAAUACUGUGGCUACAGCUAAUAUAGUCAGCCAUUGUUCAGAUAAUAUAGAGUUAUUCAGUAAUGCACCAGACAGGAGAGAGGAGAUACGUGAAUUCAAACGUAAAUAUAAUGAACAUUCGGACCAUUCCGCGCUGCACUGGAUACAAGACGAAUAUGAAAGAAUACUUCAAGAAAAAGGCUGGAACGAAGUCAACGAGUGGUGUGAGAGAUACGGACUGAGGAAGGACAGGCUGAACUAUGUUAAAUCGAUAUCCAACCUCCAUUUGCAACAAUUAUUACAAUCCAGUAUUAUAGAGGCACAUCCUGACGUGACGGAAUUGACGCGUUUCUCUGACAUAGAGGAACUGUCAGCGGGGGCAUUGUUGUCAGGUGUUAACACACUGCUGGUGACAAGGAAACAUGUCCGCACUAAGGGCAAGCUUAUGACUAUUGUUGAGUUGUUUACUAGUUCUGGCGACAGAGCGCACAUCGGCAGUGAGAGUGUUAAUUACGGUAUAAAGAAGAGGAAACCCACAACACAGUUAUUAGCUUACUUUGGUGGUCACCAUUCUACGGAGCGACGAGCUCUGGUAGUUUAUAAAACGACGGUGGUAUCACCACAAGCUGUACUACUGUUCUGUAAAGGUGAUAUAGAAAUGAUGAAAUCUGAAGAAAAUGAAGAUACUACAGUAUUAAGUCUGCCUAGACAUAGACUACGUAUUCACGUGCCAGCCAAUCAAGCUGAGAGCAUAAUUAAAAUACGAGAAAUGCUUUGGAAGACUUUCAAAUAUUAUAUUGAAAGAGAUUUAAAGUCUAUAUCUUAUGAUCAGUUCACAAAUAUAUCAAGAUUCAAGACCAGACUUGUAAAGGCGGUAGCAAGAAUACUUGUUGAAGCAGAUAACGAAAAUGACAAGAAUAUAAAUGAUGAAGAUUACAUAUAA